UAGCAUUACAAUAUGUUCUUUGGUGCGUUGCUUAUGUUUAUUUUUCUGUUGCGUCUCUAUCUUCAGAAAAAGCUGUUGGGGAUGCUUCUUUUGUCCUUCUGGUCUUUUGUUCUCCUUGCUCGUGGUUGAAGACAGUGGCUUUUUAGUCAUUUAAUUGAAACACACGUGCGGACUGCAAAGGAGUCCCAAAAUAGGGGACCUGUACGCAGCACGACUCUGGGAGAAAACGAUAUCGGCUUCUUGUACUUCAGUAGUUCUUGUCAUCAUACUUCAUUGUACCUACCUCUUUGAAGAGUUUCCCGCUUCACGCCUCAAGAAUAUUUUUUCUGCGAGUUUUUAGUUCUAAUUAUUCUAGAAUUCUCAAAAUUACCGAAUCAAAGAUUUGAAAUUGGUGUUUUUUCCCCUCUGGGUAGUUCAGAUUAUAUUGAAUCAAUGCAGUUUAGGUUAAUCCCAAAUAGAAUAUAUAGUACGAGUGUUGUAGAUUUCUCCACUUCUCAGAUUGCCCGGUUUGCCCGUAUUGGCCAAAUUGAGAAUGCCAGGAGGGUGUUUGAUCAAAUGCGUGAUAAAAGCAUUGUUGCUUGGAACUCAAUUGUUUCCGGGUACUUCCAAAAUUUUCGGCCUCGCGAAGCCAUGAUCUUGUUUGAAAGAAUGCCAGAGAGGAACACUGUUUCUUGGAACGGGUUGUUGUCCGGGUAUAUAAAGAAUGCGAUGGUCAGUGAAGCUAGAAAAAUAUUCGAUACGAUGCCUGAAAGGAAUGUUGUUUCAUGGACCGUGAUGGUUAGGGGAUAUGUCCAAAAGGGCAUGGUUUCAGAGGCGGAAUCACUGUUUUGGCGAAUGCCUGAAAAGAAUGUUGUGUCUUGGACCGUGAUGUUGGGUGGUCUAAUUCAAGAAGGACGGGUUGAUGAGGCUUGUCAACUUUUUGAUAUGAUGCCCGAGAAGGACGUGGUGGCGAGGACUAGUAUGAUCGGAGGGUAUUGUCAGGUAGGCCGGUUGGCUGAAGCUCGUGAGAUUUUUGAUGAGAUGCCACGCAGGAAUGUGAUUACCUGGACUGCAAUGAUUUCCGGGUACGUCCAUAACCAGUGCGUUGAUGUUGCUAGAAAGCUUUUUGAAGUGAUGCCAGAGAAAAAUGAGAUGUCAUGGACGGUGAUGCUUAUGGGGUACACUCAUUUUGGGCGGAUAAAAGAGGCUUCAGAACUUUUUGAUGCAAUGCCAGUGAAGUCAAUUGUUGCUUGUAAUGCAAUGAUACUUGGAUUUGGCCAGAAUGGGGAGGUAGCUAAGGCAAGGAUGGUGUUUGACCAAAUGAGGGAGAAAGAUGAUGGGACGUGGAGUGCAAUGAUAAAGGUUUAUGAAAGGAAAGGACUUGAAUUGCAAGCACUUAGUUUGUUUGCUGCAAUGCAAAGAGAAGGAAUUAGCCCAAACUUCCCUUCAUUGAUCAGUGUUCUUUGUGUUUGUUCCAGCCUGGCAAGUCUUGAUCAUGGUAAACAGGUUCAUGCUCGGUUGGUGAGAUCCCACUAUGAUCGUGAUGUGUAUGUUUCCUCAGUCUUGAUCACAAUGUAUGUCAAAUGUGGCGAUCUUGUGAAGGCAAAGCUGGUGUUUGACAGGUUUGCUCCAAAGGAUAUUGUUAUGUGGAAUUCUAUUAUUACAGGGUAUGCCCAGCAUGGUUUAGGAGAGGAAGCUUUGCAGGUCUUCCAUGAGAUGUGCUCUUUGAACAUUUUGCCAGAUGAUGUCACAUUUAUUGGAGUUCUUUCAGCAUGUAGCUACACUGGGAAGGUCCACGAAGGGCAUGAAAUUUUUGAGUCCAUGAACUCCAAAUAUCAAGUGGAGCCAACAACUGAACACUAUGCUUGCAUGGUUGAUCUGCUUGGCCGAGCAGGCCAGGUAAAUGAGGCAAUGAAUUUAAUUGAGAAUAUGCCAGUGGAAGCAGAUGCUAUUGUUUGGGGUGCUUUACUGGGUGCUUGUAGAACUCACAUGAAGUUGGAUUUGGCUGAAGUUGCAGCAAAGAAACUCGUACAGCUCGAGCCCAAAAAUUCUGGGCCCUACAUUUUACUAUCAAAUAUUUAUGCAUCCAAAGGUAAAUGGCAUGAUGUUGCAGACCUGAGGAAAAAAAUGAGAGCAAGGAGGGUGAGCAAGUCACCUGGGUGUAGCUGGAUUGAGGUGGAGAAGAAAGUACAUAUGUUUACUGGGGGAGAUAGCAUGGGCCACCCUGAGCAGGAAAUCAUCAUGAGAAUGUUGGAGAGAUUAAGCGGAAUGUUAAGGGAAGCUGGGUACUGCCCUGAUGGUACCUUUGUGCUGCAUGAUGUGGAUGAAGAAGAAAAGGUGCAGAGCUUGGGGUAUCAUAGUGAGAAACUGGCCGUGGUAUAUGGACUGCUAAAGCUGCCAGAAGGGAUGCCCAUUAGGGUGAUGAAGAAUCUUCGGGUUUGUGGCGACUGUCAUUCUGCAAUCAAAUUAAUAGCAAAAAUAACGGGGAGGGAGAUCAUAUUGAGGGAUGCUAAUAGAUUUCAUCAUUUCAAGGAUGGAUUGUGUUCUUGCAGAGACUAUUGGUGAUCGCACAGUUCCAACAACAUAUUGUUUUAGAGCAUCAUUUGUGCAUACUCACCCUCCAAGAGUCUCACAUUAGAUAUUCAGGCAAAGUCUCACAUCACUGGAUGAUUGUAAGCUAAUAUUAUGAGUGAUUGUUUUGGCCUGAUGAAAAAAGUAAAUUGCAAAAAUGAGUAGGAACAUGCUUAGCAAAUCAACCUUUUGAGUUCAGGGUUAUACAUGGCUUAUGCUCUACGAAGAAGAAAAGAAUCAAGGCAAAAAUGAUCAGAUGAUCUGGAUUGAUCUUAAAAAUGGUGCGAGUAAUGACCUAGUUGAGACCCGUGGAUGAGCAGUCAGCCUUUUUCCCGUGUGAAAUUUUUCUACAAUGUCCAUAGACUGCUCUCUAGUUGGUAACUUAGAUGCUCUAAAACUCUGUUUUAAAUAUAAAUAUUUCAGAGGCCUUGUCAUGAGGGUUCCAAGACUGACAACUUUCUCACUGGCAUUGAAGGUGUGAGCAUGUGAAGGCAGCAUGGCAUGAUUGCUUCAAGAGGGAGAUCCUCCAUCUCAUAUGCUGCGCCAUGCCAACCAAAUUCUGCAGGGCAAGUUUUAUCACCAAACAUAUUAUAGUUUGCUUGAGGUUCUAUGAUGAUUUGCAGCUAGAUAUAUGACAUUACAUUAUACGAAGUGGGUUGAAGGUCAUUCAGAAAAUUUUGUUUUUGCAUAAGGCACUGUUGGGUUGGAGGUCAUACAGAAGUAUGCGAUCUUUCCAAUAUAAAGUGUUAUUGCAUGUUUUCAACUUUCUGUCAUUUCUCUAAAUUAGUUAAUGAGUCUCCUUUACUUGUCCACUUAUUAAGAGAGGAUAUUGCAUGUUGUGCUUUCAAGCAUGCAAAGAAUUUCUACCAAGUGGCCAUAUAUUCUCAUUUUUCUGAUUUACUUGUUUGAUGUGUUUUAGUCAAA